ACACACACACGCAGACACACACACACACACACACACACACACACACACACACACACACACACACACACAGACGCAGCAACAGCAGGGCCCAGUAGACAAAGUCAGGAUGUGACAUCAUCAACAGGAAGAAAAGCCAAACAACUUUUUCUCCCUUUACUGUGCUGUCUCUGCUGCCGAGUGAAGUCGGAGCCUCUCGGUCUGUGAGUGGCCGGCGGGGAGGGAGAAGAGCCAGAGGAGCUGGAGGGGGCAGAGCGGCUGGAGCUGACCUCCACAGGGAAUUUUAAUGUCAAGAGAUCCGAUGCCCAAAUCCUCCCUGAACUCCCCACGACUCUCCACCCCACUCCAGACCGUGCAGGAUUUCAGCCAGGGACGUCCCGCCACCUGAAAACAAGGACGCUGCAUUCUUCGCCUGACAGAGGCGGACCCUGGGUGACCUGAUUUCAGAGCCGCAACCAGCUUGGUUCCCUCGCGCAGGAAGGUCACACUCUAUCAAACUCAAAACUAAUCAUCAUUCUGGAGAGCUCAUUCUCCCCUUAUCUCAGGGGGAAACGACAAAGUCAAUGGCGUUGUGUCUUGGACAAGUGUUCAGCAAAGACAAAACAUUCAGGCCACGGAAGCGGUUUGAGCCAGGGACCCAGCGAUUUGAACUCUACAAGAAGGCCCAGGCCUCGCUCAAGUCCGGCCUGGACCUGAGGAAAGUGGUUCAGCUCCCAGAGGGAGAGAACAUCAGUGAUUGGAUUGCUGUUCAUGUGGUGGAUUUCUUUAAUAGGAUCAACCUGAUCUAUGGCACAGUGAGCGAGUACUGCACUGAGCGCACGUGUCCCAUCAUGUCUGGGGGGCUGAGGUACGAGUACAGGUGGCAGGAUGGCGACGACUACAAGAAACCCACCAAGCUGCCCGCUCUCAAGUACAUGAACUUGCUGAUGGACUGGAUAGAGUCACUCAUUAACAAUGAAGACAUCUUCCCCACCAGAGUAGGCGUACCCUUCCCCAAGAACUUCCAGCAGGUGUGCAAAAAGAUCCUGAGCCGUCUCUUCAGAGUCUUUGUGCAUGUUUACAUCCAUCACUUUGACAGCGUCUGCAGCAUGGGCGCAGAGGCCCACAUCAAUACCUGCUACAAGCACUACUACUACUUCAUCUCAGAGUUCAACCUCAUCGAUCACUCCGAACUGGAGCCCCUGAAAGAAAUGACGGAUAAGAUCUGCAAUUAAACAAAACCACAUGGACAGAGGAGUUUACAUUUUGACGUUGUCUGAGCCCUGUGAGAAAACACCAGCGUCAAAACAAAGAACUUUUUUAAACAUAUAUUUGCAUGAGUGGUUUAUGAAGCAUAAAUGGGUCGGUCCAAUACCUACCACACUUUCUCCGAUGGUGGUGCUCUAUAAUACAUCUCCUGUUUUUAUACUUUACUUGUGCAUGUAUAUGUUUGUGUUUUACCUUUUUACAGUGUUGAUCAUUUUGAUCAAUCAAAGUUUGUAUUUUAUUGUUUGACAUAAAAAUGCAGCCUAAAAAAUG